AUGGUUCGUACAUGCCAUCAUUGUGGAUCAUCAGAAAUUGAUGAAGAUACAUCGCGUGGUGAUACAACUUGUAUGAACUGUGGAACUGUUUUGGAGGAGUCAAUUGUUGUUUCAGAUGUUCAAUUUGAAGAGAGAGCUGGUAUUAGUUCACUUGUUGGUCAAUUUGUAUCAAGAGAUCGCGCACAACCAAAUUCAUUAAGUGGUAUUCCUGGACUUGGUGGACAAGAAUCCAGAGAACAAACUUAUCUUAGAGGAAAAAAAAUUAUUGAUGAAAUUGCAUCACAAUUACGUAUCAAUCAAAUGCAAGGAGAUAUGGCAUAUAAUUUUUAUAAAAUGUGUGUUAAUAGAAAUUUUACCAGAGGAAGAGUGAGAUCACAUGUUGUGGCUGCUUGUUUAUAUAUGGCUUGUAGACUUCAAAAUACUGCACAUUUAUUAUUAGAUUUUUCUGAUGUUACACAAGUUAACGUUUUUGACUUAGGACGUACAUUAAAUUUUGUUGCUAGAUCUCUUAAAAUUAAUCUACCUGUUACUGACCCAUGUCUUUAUGUACUUAGAUUUGCUGUUCUUCUUGAAUUUGGUGAUAAACAAAAAGAAGUUGUUUCACUAGCUACAAGAAUUGUCCAGCGUAUGAAGAUGGAUUGGAUUGAUACGGGAAGAAGGCCAACUGGCUUAUGUGGUGCUGCAUUAUUGUUAGCAGCAAGAUCUUAUAAUUUUAAUCGUUCUGUUUCUGAUGUUGUUCGCGUUGUUCAUGUUAGUGAAUCAGUUGUCAGAAAACGUUUAGAGGAAUUUUCCAAUACACCCUCAAGUAUGCUUACAAUAGAACAAUUUAGUAAUGUUAAUCUUUCUGAAUGUGAAGACCCUCCAGCUUUCCAAAAGAAAGUUAAACAAGAACUAGAGGAAUUGAGAACAAAAGAGGAAGAAUUUAUUAUGAAUAUCAAACCUGAACUUAAUGCUGUUGAAAGAGAACUAGAAACAGCACUUGAAAAAAAAAGAAUAGAAAAAUUCAGAAAGAGUAAAUGGGCAAAAGAACUUUCUGGUAAUGUAGUAGGUUUAGGAGAAGAUACAGCUAUUGCUAAAUCAUUAAUUGGAGAAGAAAUAGUUGAUUAUGUUUUUAAAGAAUCUAAAUCUGAAUAUGAAAAACCAUCAAAAAGUGAAAUAACUGAUGAUGACAAUACUUAUGCACAAAAUUGGCCCACCCUUGAACAGAUGGGUGUUGGGAGAAUACCUUCAAGAUCUAAUAUUGAUGAAGAAAUAUCUCAACAAGAGUGGAAUGAAGAUGAGUAUGAAAACGAAAAUGAGGAGGAGGAUACACUUAGUGAUAUAGAUGAUGAUGAAAUAGAAAAAUAUAUUUUAUCUCCUAAAGAACGAGCAUUAAAAGAGAAGUUGUGGUUAAAGGCAAAUUCUCAUCAUCUAGAGGAAAUGGAGAGGCGAGCAAAGUUAAAAAGAGAAAUGGAGGAAAAAGGUGAUGAGGAAAAAACUGAGAAGAAAAAAAGGAAACCACCUAAAAAGAAGGCUAAAAUAGAAGCUGAUACAGCAACGGAAGCCAUGCAAAUGGUUAUACAAGAAAAAAAAUUAUCAAAAAAAAUCAACUACGAUGUUUUAAAAGAAAUUGGAUUACUCGAUGAUUAA